AUGACAAUCAUAUAUACCAUCUUUUUCAUUCUUGCCCAAUUGGGUGGCCUAUAUGCUAUCCUGACUCUUCUAUUCGGGCUCUGUAUUAGACCUAUUAAUGAGAAAUGCUUUGAGCACGAAUGCGUCAACUCCUUGCACAAGGCUAACAAAAUUGAACUGGAGAAGUUGAGAAAAGAAGCUGAAGAGAGAGGAAAUCAGAUGGGCCAAAACCUAAAUGAUUCUAUGUUGAAAAACCCAAAUGAGGAUGAGCCACUUAUCCAGAAUGAAGAAGCUAAAGUUGCUCCGCUAGGAGAUGGAAUGAGCAGAAGUAGGUCAAAAAGAAUGGCUCAAUACCAACCUGGGCCAACACCAGGUGGUAUGAAUGGAUCGAAUAGAUUCUACAACACUUCUAUGCUUUUCUACAACAUUCUAUGUCCAAUAAAGCUAAAGUCAAGAAGCAGAAUGGCUCAGCAAUACCAACAAUACAAAAGAGAUGUAGAUGAGUUCAACUACAGUAGAGAUUUAGUCACCAUUGUCUCUAAAAUCAACACCCUCCAGUUUAAAAUCAACUCCAUGGAAGAACUUAUCUCUAAGCAUGAAGAGAUGGAAAUCAGAGAGAUGAUGAAUGCUCAAAAUGAGAUGCAAAAUGAGUCUGAGGAUGAAAUCCAAAGAGAGAAAGAUGACAUCUACCAAUCAAAUGUUCAACCAUUCAAUCAAGCUCAGAAAGUACAGAGUAUUGUUGGUCAAGAAAUCAACCCUAACAAUCAAGUUGUGAAGCAGGCGACACAGAACAUUAACAAUAUUAUCAACCCUGUUAUCCAAAACAAACCAGAGGAUCCUACUCCAGGAAAUCCUGCACAACAUCCCCAAGUUGUUCCAAAUCAAGCACAGGAAUUCAGUAAUAUUCAGGCACCUGCAGAUAGAGAUAUCCCAGGAUGGAACUAGUCUCAUCUGUAAGAGCUAAGCCAGAUUUUUGCUGCAUAUAACCUCUUGUUGAACCUAUACUAUGUUGC